ACACUGGAGCCAAUCAGCAGCGCACUCUUUGGACAGUCCGCGCAUGCGCAAACGCUUCUCUCACUUCCCCAGAGCCUUUCUGGGUUUUUUCUGGUGUUGAACAACAACAACAAUAAAAAAAAUCUAAUAUCAAACAGCGCUAUCGGCUGUCAGCCGGCCUCGAAAAUGGCUUUUCAUCGGAAUGGGACUUAGAUACCGGCAAGUGCGGGAGGGCGAGGUCGCGAUCUGAUGCGCGAUCGGCCCGUUUUCUCUCUGCCUUUUUACGCGACCGUUUUCUCCUCUUGUAGAUGGUGUCCAGCGACUACUUGGUGAAUAAUAUGAAGGAGAUGAUUGGAGGCUGCUGCGUUUGCUCAGACGAGAGAGGCUGGGCCGAGAACCCCCUGGUUUACUGCGACGGACACGGCUGCAACGUCGCCGUGCAUCAAGCUUGUUAUGGAAUUGUCCAGGUCCCGACUGGUCCCUGGUUCUGCAGGAAAUGUGAAUCUCAAGAGCGAGCUGCCCGUGUGCUCUCGACCACCAUGGGCAAGACCAAAGAGCUGUCGAAGGACGUCACGAACAGGAUUAUAGACCUGCACAAGGCUGGAAUGGGCUACAAGACCAUCAGCAAGAAGCUUGGAGAGAAGGAGACCACUGUUGGUGAAAUAAUUAGAAACUGGAAGAAAUACAUGAUAACAAGAUGUGAGCUGUGUCCCCACAAAGACGGAGCUCUGAAAAGGACAGAUAAUGGAGGUUGGGCACAUGUGGUUUGUGCCCUGUACAUCCCAGAGGUGGAGUUUGCCAAUGUUGCCACCAUGGAACCCAUUGUAUUACAGUCUGUCCCUCAUGAACGUUACAAUAAAACAUGUUACAUCUGUGAGGAGCAAGGCCGGGAAAGCAAAGCAGCCACUGGAGCCUGCAUGGCCUGCAACAAACAUGGCUGCCGCCAAGCAUUUCAUGUCACGUGUGCUCAGUUUGCUGGGUUGCUGUGUGAAGAACAAGGCUCAGACGCUGAUAAUGUGAAGUACUGUGGAUACUGCAAAUACCAUUACAGCAAACUGAGAAGGAGCAAAGGCCGUGGUAGUAGGGCUCAAAGCUUAAGUGAUUCUUCCUCUCACUCUUUGGAUAAACACCAUGACAAGGAGAAGAAGAAGCACAAAGAGCGAGACCGCCACAAACCCAAGCACAAAAAGUCUAUGGAACUGUCUACUCCACUGGUUCCACCAUUGAUGGUUUCCGCAGAAAAGAGCUAUAACAGCAGCAGCAGUGGCAGCGUGUCCUCCAUCUCCUCUGCUCAGAAGCGAAUCGACGACAGCGGAGGCCGCUUCACCAACGCCAACUUCCAGGAAGUGCCCUCUCACUCCAGCGGGAGCUCUAAAGACAGUGGCUCCACUGACAGCAAGAGCUCCGAGGGCAAGAGCAAGAAGUCCAGCAGCCACAGCUCCAACUCCAGCUCCGGCUCCAGGGGCCGGAAAUCCAACCCAGGCAAACCUCACGGCCCUGUGGUCACCAUCGCGACCUCCUCCACCGUGCCAUCAUCUACCAGCCCCUUUCAGCAAGGUAUACUUCUGGGAAGUGGAAGCAUCAAGACCACCUCCAGCAGCUCGGUGGUUCAGCCCACCUCAGACUUCCUCAGCUUCUCUGACCCCAGCCUGAGGAGCACUGACUCCUACACCACCACACCUGCUUUUGGCCGCUGCAUGCUAAAGGGAAGCUCUGAGGGCGGAGCUUCAGAGGGCAUGGUGGCCCUAAACACUUUCGGAUCGAUGAUAUCCCUCCCUCAAAGCGCUGGCUCCGGAAAACAUUACGAAAACUCGCACCCUGGGCCUGAACUAAGCAACCUGGCCUCUGCUGGAUACAAACGACCCCAGCCUUCCUCUUCGUCUUCGUCAGCAACGUCGUCUUCCUCCACCACAGAGGAUGGUGUGAAAAAGAAGAAGAGAGGCAACUGGAGGAAUCGAUACGGCCCAUGUUUCACCACCCAAGAGAGUAAAACUCCAGAAGCAUCCGAGCAUGGAGCCUCCCAGCCCUCCUCCACCUCACCCUCACCGUCGUCUUCCUCCAUGGCCAGCCGUCCCAGCACGGUCAGCAGCAGCAGCACGAGCAGUGUUGGAAACAUUGCUAUAGGAACCAGCAGCCUCGCCAUUCAGAAGUCUCCAUCUCUGCUCAGGAACGGGAGCUUACAGAGCAUGACUGUAAGCUCUCCACCCACUGGAGCAGCUACGUAUCCCAGCAGCAGUGAAGUAGCCGGCCCGUUACCCAGUGCAGUGCUGGGGGGCAGCCUGUCCGUGUCCAGCUCAGAGCUGCCCACUCAGCAGUCUGCGGUCACCUCCAUACCCAGCCUGACAUCGCUGCCCCCUCCGGCCCAGCACUUCACCAGCACUACCUCCACACUUCCACAGUCAAACUCAUUACCAGGACCAUUUAACUUGGCACCGUCCCAUAUGUUUGGAAACCGGCUGAACCCCAACUCCGCCAUGGCUGCCCUUAUCGCUCAGUCCGAGAACUCUCCAGCAGAUCAGGAGCUGGGGGAUGGUGGGCUUGGUUUCCCCAGAAGAGGAACCCCACCAAAGGCUAACCUCUCCCCACGCUCGCCGUUAAGCGGACUGCAUAUCCGCUAUGACCCGUCGGGGCCCCUGGUGCCAGGACUCGGCUCCAGUACAGACUCGCUGCCUUCGGUGGCCACCAGCAUUGAACAGCUGCUGGAGAGGCAAUGGAACGAGGGCCAGCAGUUUCUCCUCCAGCAGGGACCACAAGGAGACGUGUUGGGUAUGCUGAAGUCCCUGCACCAGCUGCAGAUGGAGAACCGCCGGCUGGAGGAGCAGAUCCGUACUCUGACGAUGAAGAAGGAGCGUCUGCAGCUGCUGAGCGCCCAGCUUUCUGUGCCUUUCACCCCCGCUAGCACCACCGCCACCACCGUCUCUUCCCCUCUGUACCCCAGCAAUACUCACACAGACAUGCUGAACAGCAAGAGUAUUCAGCUAGGCAGCAGUGUUUUAACAGACUCCUCUCAACCCUUGCCCACUCAGGAUCUCCUGUCUGGUGGCCAUAGUAGUGGUAGCAGCACUUCCUCCCUCUCCACGCCCCCCUCCGUGGCCCACAGUCCCCCUCAGCAACAGGCUAACGGUGUGGCUCUGCAACCAGCCACCAACCCCUCUCUGCCGGGCAUGGGGGUGGGUAGUCUCAUGGGUGCACUGCAGGGCGGCCAUGUUGCCAUGAGUGGCAUCGUGGGCGCCCUAAAUGGAGUGAUCCAAACUUCCCCUGCCCUGGGACAAAAUUCCAGUCCCCUGCCCCACCCCUCCACUGUCACCACCACCUCUCUGUCUAUGUCCGGCAGCCUCAACAACAGCGUGACCACUGCGAAAAACAGUGCGGUGAGGUUCCUCACUGAGCAGCAGAAGCAGCUUCUCCUCCAUCAGCACCAACUGCAGCAACUCUUCAACUCCCAGCAGCCUCUACCGGAGCAGCAGCAGGUUCUGCUCUACCAGCUGAUGCAGCAGCAGCAACAACAGCAGCAGCAGCAGCACGACCUGCAGCAGCUCCAGCAGCUUUCUUCCUCCCAGCUGCCCAUGAACAGCCUGCUGCCCGGCAACCAGGGAGCGAUCACCGCCAACCCCUUCCUGGCCAUGCACAACGACAGCAGUGCUCAGAAAACUGGGAGGCUGGGAGAGAAAGCCGUGGCUAUAACAGGACAGGAGAAAACCUGACCUAGCUGAACUGCUGAAGGAGGACAGGCAACUUAUUUGGGGCUAACCAUCAGAGCUUCUUUCACAUUAACCUGCCUCUCGGACUUACCGUCAGACUGCAUCACACACACAGGACCCAGCACUCUAUUUGGCUGACCAAAAAAAAAAAAAAAACUCUUGUGGUCUAACAUUGCACUGAAUUGGAAUAAAUCACUUGCUGUAAACGUUAGGGUCCCAGGGGGCCACUUAAGAGGCCAAGACACAGACUCUCACACUCGCAUGCACACACACAUACACACACACUCUGUGUUCUAAAGGUGACACACUCGUGUGAAUCACUGUGGGAGGAAGGUGCUGAGUGAUUUUGGCUGGAGACUGAAGCGUGGGAUGGCUCAGAAAUAGCGAAGCUUUUCCUCCGUGGCUCUUCCUCGCACACUUCUGGAACAGUUCCCGCUCGCUGCUGUUACCUCUGUGAAGCCCCUUUAACAAGGACUCUCAUAGGAUGCUCUCUAAAAAAACAUUUGAGAAAAGAAAAAGAUUUAUGUGGUUGUAAAUGUAUAAAAAAUAAGGAAAUAAAGCAGUGAAAGUUUCAGAUACAAAAUAUUCGGAAAGCAGUGCACCGCAAAGGCCUUUCUCUGCACCCUGGUCUCCAGCUUCCUCUGGACACGAGGCAUUCCACACAAGUCGAAAUAAAGGACGCUCCGACCCUGCUGUAGACGAGAACCUACCUCUCAGAGCCAGGACUAAAAUACCAGGACCUUUACCCAAGUGCCUGGCACCACCCUCCACGCUCUCAACCAGAGGCUACACACUGGAGAACGUUGCCGGUUCCCUCUCCCCCUCUUCCUGUUAUAUUCCAAACCGUCUUGUGGUUUUGUUUUUGUUGUUUUUUUUUUUCUCCUUCAAUUUCAAUUUCAAUAUUAUAUAAAUCGUUGGUUUGGCAAUACCACAUCACAGUUCCACAGGGCCUACGCAGUGACGACACUGAAAUCCAGUUCAUUUACAGAACAUGUGCUGCAUUUGUCAUUUCUGAAGCCAACUUUAAAUCCCUGACCCCUUUUUUAUUUAUUUGCGUUUUUGUUGUAUGACGGGCACAAGAUAAUUAUAUUUUAGAGCCCGUUUUGUCUCUCAAAACAUUUUUAUACUACUGUACAAAUUUUUUUCUUGUUUUUUGGAUCUUGUAAGAAUUUUGAUUAUUGAUUAUUAAAUUGUCUUGUAUUUGAGCAUAAAAACUACUCUGGCUCAUUGUGUAAAUAUGGUUGUUUUUUGUUGUUGUUUUUUCUGUUUUUUUGCAGUGUAAAGCAAUGCAGAUCAGAUCAAAUUGCUAUAAGAAUAAGCUGUUUGGACUUUAGUUAGUGCCAUUUUUACCUCCUCUCUGAUGUAAAUAAGUAUGUGUUUUCUCCCCUGAUGGUGUGAAGGAAUAUUGAAACUCAUUUGCUGUGUUCAGAUCUAAUUACAGUCAUAGGUAAAAUGAUAAUGCAAGUUAUUAAUUUAUUUUUCUAUGUACAGGAACCUUUUUUUUUAUGUUUUGCACCAUUUUAUUGAUGUCAUUUUAUACUCCUAUAACUCCCCGUGUUUCCAUGUAUCUGUAUAGGAAUAUGCAAACCCCCUAAAGUUUGUAUUUAAAAAUACCAAACGUAAAUACACAAGUCCUGCUUCAUACUGAUCUUAAGAAAUACUGAACACAGAGGAUUGUAGCGUUAAGUUUUUUUCAGUGAUUAAAGUCAUUUUACAGUGA